CACGGACCAUUCGUGUGUCGGCGACGGGAAACGACGUAACGUCCGCUCACAAACCUCGUCCACCGCAACCCGACACCGCCGUACAUCGUGCGAACGAAACCGCCACCACCGGGUACUAACGAUCGUAAUAUUUAUUUUACUAACCGCCGGUUAUCUGUGUGUUUAACGUCGAUUCUCGCAUCGCAUAAACGUUUUUAUUAGUCGUUUCUGCAAAGCGUUUUUUCUUAUUCAGUUACGUACGCCAUAUCUGUCGCCGCCGCCGCAAGAUCAACAAAAGCGUGUUGGUAAAGUUACUCACGCUUCGUCCAAAAGAAUAUAUUAUUUAAUUAUAUUGCCGUGUGUCUUGUCGCACGAGUGUGCUCGAAGAAACCUUCGUCGUUCCACGCAAAUUCGGUUCAGUAGUAAUUCGUCAUCAUGUCCGAGAGGGAAGAAAACGUAUACAAGGCGAAACUCGCCGAACAGGCGGAGAGAUACGAUGAAAUGGUAGAUUCCAUGAAAAAAGUAGCAUCAUUAGAUGUUGAAUUAUCCGUAGAAGAACGAAACCUGUUAUCUGUAGCUUAUAAAAAUGUGAUUGGAGCUCGGCGAGCUAGCUGGCGCAUAAUUUCCAGCAUUGAACAGAAAGAAGAAAACAAAGGUGCUGAAGAAAAGCUGGAGAUGAUUCGCCAAUAUAGAUCUCAAGUUGAGAAAGAACUACGGGAUAUUUGUUCAGACAUUUUAAAUGUACUUGAUAAACAUUUAAUAGCUUGUGCUGCUUCAGGCGAAUCUAAAGUUUUCUAUUACAAGAUGAAAGGUGACUACCACAGAUACCUGGCUGAAUUUGCUACUGGAGAUGACAGAAAAGAAGCUGCUGAACAUUCUUUGGUUGCCUACAAAGCUGCUAGUGAUAUUGCUAAUCAAGACUUACCGCCUACUCAUCCAAUAAGGUUGGGUUUAGCGCUGAAUUUUUCCGUUUUCUACUAUGAGAUUCUCAACACCCCUGAUAGAGCUUGUCAUCUAGCCAAAAAAGCAUUUGAUGAAGCAAUUGCUGAAUUGGACACAUUGUCAGAGGAAAGCUAUAAAGAUUCCACACUAAUUAUGCAGUUGUUAAGGGACAACCUGACUUUAUGGACUUCAGAUAUGCAGGGAGAUGGUACAGAAGCAGAACCAAAAGAGCAGCUUCAAGAUGUCGAAGAUCAAGAUGUCUCAUAAAUGCCUUCUGUGACUGCGCUAUAAUAAAUUAACUUAAAUUGUCAUCGAAAAACAGUGUCUGUGUACAAACAAUAUCAAAUAUGAAAACAUAAAAAAUAUGCAUUCAAUAGUUACAGCCCUAUAAGUAAACGCGACUCACUCCAAGACUGUCAAAUUUUUUUUUCGUACACUUUGAUUUACUUUUAUCUCGCUGGCAGGGAAAAAUGCGGCAGCUAAUUGGUUUUAUCGUAUAAAUUCCCGAAAAUAAUUUAAUAAAACAAAUUUUGUGUCUUUCUGUUCAGUA